AUGCAGCCUAGUCUUCUCGACAAGCAGGUUAGUGAUGACUGCGUCAUUGUCAUCGAACCAGUCCCGAUGUUGGCAGCAUGCGUGGCCGAGGAGAGUCAGGGCGGUCGACUGGACUAUGUCCCUCAGUUGACACCAUUGGUUCUCCGCGGAGGCGUUCUCGUCGGCGGCGGCGGCGGCGGCGUCGACAGCGACAUCGACUGGAAGGUUGGUUAGUCGUGAUCUAGCUCAUCGCUAAAAUGGGGAUGGUGAGCAGGCAAAGACAAUGAAGCAGUAUUCAGCUUACCUGGGGUCGCUUACCUUGAGGUCUCCUGCGUGGCUCUAGACGGAUCCUCAUCUUGAAGAACACAAUGCGAUGGUCGGUCCACACGUCAGCAUCCGCGAUCGCCUUUGUCAUCAACAUGUCCUGCUAGUCUCGCCGCCGGACGAGAACAUAGUUUGGCAGCUGCCAGCGCCGCGAUCAGGCGGUGAAUCCAGUUAGUUUUCUUUAGCAUCGGCACGCGGAAGGUGUUGGUCAGGAUGAGGCGGUGCUCUACGCAGGUAUGCAGGAGAAGGAGAUCAUUGUCCUUACAGCCGGCCCUUCCAUGAGGACCCAGGACUCCCCUUUAGACAACGCAGUGUGUCCUGACGCGGUCACUGAAAUCACAGAGGAGGACUAG